UGCAGAUACAGAGUCCACACCCGAAGACUGCAGGCGUCACCACGAGGGCGGCCAGCGGCAGCAGCCUCCUCCAUUGUCCACUUUACCUGCCUCUUCUCACAGAUGCCCGACUCAAGGAACCGUCUCCAGAUGAGCGGGGAGAAGCGGAGAGACGUCAGCCUCUGGUCACAGACGUUUGCUCUUCUUCGGAAGAAUCUUCUGCUGAUCUGGAGGCGAAAGGAGGACACUGUAUUGGAGUGGAUCCAGCACGUGGCAUUGGUGCUGCUGGUGUUUGCUUUGACUUCCAGAUACCGUAGCCUAAGCAAAAAUGAGCUCAUGCCGGCGGAGGAUCUUGGGCAAUUGGACCAAUUUGACCAAAAAGAUUUCAUAGUCGGUUAUGUCUCAUCUACACCAGUGGUCCGGGAAAUUAUGCAGAAAGUUAACGAGAGCCUCAGAAUUCGAGGACUAACCGUUCAGGAGUUUCGCAGUGAUGAGCAGAUGCUACAGGACGGUACGCGCACGUCAGUGGUCAGAGUGGAAUUUGAUAAUCCAUUUCAAUACUAUAUCAGGUACAAGGUGAAUAACGUCUCAAGCCCAAGCGACUACUUUCAAUACGAAGAAACUUGUGAAGACGACCACAUGCAAUGCUUUCCAUCACUUUACUGGAAGAACGGGUUUCUCCUGCUGCAAGCAAGUAUUGACUCCGCCAUUGUGGAGCUGACUACUAAUCAUUCAGUCUGGACCAGUAUAGUCUCCACUGUGGCCGUAAAGAUGAGAUCUACCAAAGUGAUAAGGAGAUUUCUAGAGAUGGCAUCCAACAUAAUGGCCAUCUGCCUCUGUUACUCCACAAUUCUAUAUAUCCUGAUGAUGAACAUCACCAAGGAGGAUAAGGACCUGAGAGAAAUCAUGAGGAUGAUGGGGCUCAGAGACUCUGCUUACUGGUUAUCAUGGGGGCUGCUCUACGCUGUUUAUGUCGUCAUUAUGGCCAAUCUGAUAACUGUCACCGUCAGCAAUACUGUGUUUCUGGAAAGUUCCUAUGGAGUCAUCCUGCUCCUGUUCCUCCUCUAUGGGAUCUCAAUGAUUAGCUUUACAUUCAUGCUGUGUUCCCUGCUCCGCACACCCCGCCAUACGACGACUAUUGACAUUUCAUCCGCUCUCAUCCUGUGUAUACUGAGCCUCCUGCCGCUGUUCAAAAUCUUGCCGAGGCCUCUGGAAAUCUUCCUGUGCAUCUUCCCCCCCUUCGCCUUUUCUCUUGGGAUCAGUGAGAGUAUACACAUGGAGAACGACCUCCAGGGCGUCUUCUUCUCGGACAUCACUGGAGAUGCCCCUCACGUACUGAUCAGUUACAUAGGCCUGCUGGUGGACUGCAUCCUGUACACCCUCCUCACAUUGUGCUGUGAUAAGAUUCGAGCAGGUAAACAUGGCGUCAUGUCCUUCCUGUGCCCCUCCUACUGGACAAAAGGGACAAUGACCCCAAUUCCAUCGGACAUGGUGGACAGAGAAGUGGCACGCGAUGAAGAUUAUGUUGAGAAGGUUCCGGUAGAAUUUGUCGGAAAAGAGGCCAUAAGGCUUAAUAAAGUUAAGAAAAUCUAUGGCAGUAAAGACAAGAAGACAGAAGCUUUAAGAGAUCUGGACUUCGAUGUAUAUGAAGGACAAAUUACGGCGCUGCUCGGUCACAGCGGAGCUGGGAAGACUACGCUGCUGAAUAUACUGAGCGGGAUGAGCAAAGCCUCUGGUGGGUCGGUGUCCAUCUACAACCAUCAGCUCUCAAACAGUCAUGACCUGGCAGAGAUACAGAACAGAAUCAGCUUCUGCCCGCAGUUUGAUAUCAAGUUUGAUUACUUAACUGUGAGAGAAAAUCUGGAGCUGUUCUCCAGGAUGAAGGGAAUCGCUGCUACAGAAGUAAAGUCAGAGGUGGAUAGGGUCCUCUCUGACCUCCACAUGAACAUGAUCGAGGGAGUGAAAGCCAGCAAGCUGAGCGGAGGCCAGAGACGCCGCUUAUCUGUUGCCAUCGCACUGUUGGGAGAUCCUGAGGUUCUUCUACUCGAUGAACCCACAGCUGGUCUUGACCCAUUUUCCAGACACCAGGUUUGGUCCAUCUUAAAGGAGCGUAAAGCCAACCGCGUUACUCUGUUCAGCACGCAAUUCAUGGACGAGGCAGACAUCCUUGCUGAUCGCAAGGUGGUCCUCAGCAACGGACGCUUGAAAUGUGUUGGAUCCUCCUUGUUUCUGAAAAGGAAGUGGGGAAUCGGCUAUCACCUGAGGAUGCGGGUGUCUCCAUCUUGUAGUCCAGACGCCAUAACCUCACUCGUACAAGAACACGUCUCCAGCGCCAAACUCACCACCCAGAACGCGGAGGACCUGACGUUCACGCUGCCCUUUGACAAGAUGGACUCAUUCCCAGCUCUGUUUUCUCAAUUGGACCAACAUGUGGGACUGGACAUCAUGAGUUACGGGGUGUCGAUGACAACGCUGGACGACGUCUUCCUGAAGCUGGAGGGAGCGGAGGAGAUUGAGAAAGGAGAUUACAGUGUUUUCGCCCGUGAGCAAACGGAAGAUGAAAACAGAGACUUUUCCUCAGAGGUGGAGGAGUCUGUGCUGCUGAUGUCAGAUUCCGGGAACAUCACCCUUCAUGGGCUAGCCUUGUGGAGACAGCAAGUGGUGACGAUGGCAUGGGUCCGUCUCCUGAAGUUGAGGCACGCCAUGAAAAGCAUUCAAGCCAUAUUGCUUAUUCUCAUAAUUUUUAAAGUUUUAAUGAUCUUUUUAACCAUACGGACUUCAGAAAGGUGGCCCAUCUGGAAACUCUCUCCAGACCUUUAUUUUCGAGGACCGGGUCACAGGGAGCACAAGUACUACACCAGUCUUCUGGUCAAUAACAACACAGGUGCACCGAUCGAAGACUUUGUCAAUAGCAUAAAGGCGCAGGACGUUUCGGUGAAGGUUGUUGAUGGUCCAUACAACAGAAACACUACAGGAUACAACGGCGCUAUCGAGCUGUCACUGCAGGACAAGAGUUACCGCUUCAGGAUUAUUGGAAAUCCGCGAGUGCAGAACGGACUGCCGGUGCUGGUGAAUAUUAUCAGUAAUGCCUUCCUGAAGAGCUUCGGAUCCACCGAGAAGAUCGAAAUCUCAAACAAACCCGUGUAUCCUGAAGUUUCUGAACGGAUGAGCAAUUCCCUGUUCUUUCUGAGCUUAAUGUACAUGGCGUUUGGCUGUGGUAUUGCCUCUUACAUUGCCAUGAGUAGUUUCGAGGAUAAUAAGAACAAGGCUCGUUCUCAGCUGCGGAUCUCCGGCCUCUUCCCAUCGGCGUACUGGUGCGGACAGGCCUUGGUGGACAUCGCCCUCUACUGGCUGCUGCUCUUCCUGAUGAUAGCCAUACUGUUUGCAUUCAACUACUCGAUCACUCUGCCUCCUCUGAAGGCGGUAUUAUUGAUUCUGGAUAUCCUUGGCUUUGGCGCCUCCAUGGUCCUCUUUGCCUAUGUAAUCGCCUUUCUUUGCAGAAAAGGAAAAGCUAAUAGUGAUGACUGGUCUGUCUUAUUUAUUCUGAUUUCCAUCCUUCCCUUCUUGGCUGAGGUCUACUUUAGGAGCUCUGUCAUGAUAUACAUCUUCGCCUUGACUUUACUGCCCCCCAGUAAUUUGCUGGCAUUCCUGGUGCACCUGAGCAAACCAAAUCACGUCUCCGAUUAUGAGCCGAGAACAAGCAUCCUCAUGAACGUGAUGAUUCCGUACAUUCAAGUUGUCAUACUCUGCGCUGUCCUCUUAUAUUUGGAAAAGAAAUAUGGGAAAAGAUGCCUUACAAUGGAUCCAAUAUUCAAAUUUGGCGAAAGACAAUACGCAAUAAAAAAGAAUCCAGAAGAGCUAAGGGGAGCUGAUGAAGAUGUCAUGUCCGAGAGAAGAAAAGUCCAAAAUCUGAAGACGACAACCAACCCACACGAGAAACCGGCCAUCCUUGUCGACAGUCUACGCAAAGAGUUUGAGCUCAAGCGCGCAAAUUUAUUUAAUAAGAAAAGUGUGACCAAAGUUGGAACCAGGAACGUCUCAUUCUCCGUAAGAAAGGGUGAAGUUCUGGGAUUACUGGGGCCGAAUGGUGCAGGGAAAUCUACAUGUAUUUUAAUGGUGGCUGGUGAAGAGGAACCAACAGCCGGGGAGGUGGUUCUGUGCAGUGCAGCUGACAACAACUCUGCGCUCCUGGGGUACUGUCCGCAGUCCAGUCCUCUGUGGCCCAGCCUGACAGUGAUCGAACAUCUGAAGAUCUAUGCAUCGGUGAACGGAAUAAAAAAAGACGACGCCGACCAAGCCAUAAAGCGGGUGUCUGAGGUCCUGGAGCUGAAAGAACAUCUCAGUAAACCUGCCAAGAAGCUGUCUGUCGGGGUGUCCAGAAAAGUAAGUGCCCCCCUGUUUGUGGCUUGAUAGAAGGUGAAAUUGUUUGAAUCUGCAUCCGGUGACCCCAAAAAUCCUGAAUGUAACAUAAUUAUACCUUUCUGGAUCAGUAGGAACCUACCCAGUAGUCUGGCAUUAAAACAUGCAUUUAAAGGGGUAAACUUUUUCUUCUGAAGCAUGCUUACUUGCUCCCCACUGCUUGGGGCCACCCCUCUCUUUUCCGGACUUCCAGCACUGCAGGUAAACACAUGUUCGCCACUGCAGCCAAAUGAGUGGCUGAAGCAUUGACGUUUCCCUCACCUCAGUGGAUCACAUGGAAGUCCUGCAGCACUGAAG